CAGACAGACACACAGACAGACACACAGGCAGACACACAGACAGAUGGAAACGAUUACAUACGCCGGCUCUAUCCUUACGGCAGUGCCAACCGAUUCAACGGUCCCUCCACGGCGCAUGACCGUCCAUAGUGUAGUGUCUAUGGUUCGGUUGAUCUGUUUCCCAGCCUAUAUCGUCUCCCCAAAGCCGUGCAAUGGUGCUAAGCUCGACUCGGAAGCGUUCUCCCACCGCCAAAUAAACCAGCUGCCGGUCAGUAAAUGGCUCUAGGAAUGACAUGCGCCGGGAAGGGGGUGAGUUGGGAGGUCCGCUUGGCAGUGGCCCCAUUGCAUCCAUACCAUCUGGCAGUAUCCGUACUCAGUACGGAUAUUCCGUAAGGCAAUCUGAUAUCGAUGCCUUGACCAGCAUUAAUAAACCCCUCCCACACUUCUCUCCCCAGCACGUCACAGUGGAAGUGGGAGGCAUGCCACUAUCUGAUGGCUCCGACUUGCACACGGUUCAAGAUACGUACUGCAUACAGAUACGGUAUAUGCUACUAUGUAUCUUGCUCAGUGGGCAUGCAUGUACAAAGUAUGUGCGGUACAGUACAUACAAUACCUACUGGGAGCAUCUACCCAGCACAGUGGCUUUCGACAUUCCGGGCACUCUGCGCCGACACCAGCGGCACGCUGAAAGGAGAAAACGGGUAGAUGUCAGCGAGGUGCGGCACAGCACCUUAUUUUUGCACGGUUCCCGAUUUGCCCUGGACAGGCCAGGGGUGGGCAGAACUGACAGGGUCCGGGGUCUGUGGCUAGUGACGCCGUCCGAGGCACAAGCCAUCCACGAUUUUCCCUCAUGGACAGAUGCAGGGAUGGCUUGCGAGGAGGGCAGGCAAGCCCUGAAGAAGCCUGCCCAGUUGCCCACGAGGCAGGCGAGAUGGGAGCACACGUUACGCAUCGAGGCACUGAGCAAGGAAGGGCACACGGUAUCAGACACGGCGUGAUGAGAGUGCAGUGUCCAAAAGCCACGAGAAGAGCACGACAUCAAGACCGGACCGGCUGGCUGUAGCAUGAUAGCAUCGAGUGCUUGUUACUCUCUACAGCCAGAUUCUGCAGUUGAAGUCUGCAACGGCUACGAUCAGCUUGGUCCCGCCACCGGAUGUAUGGUGUGUCUCUGGACGGACACUGAAUGCUGCUGUCUAAUAACUCAUGACAUGGGGAGGACGUAGGAUGGCUGAGAUGCCCCCCCGCCUCCACUAGCCCGCCCCGGCGUGUGCCUACCGGCCUGGCAUUGCCGCUUUUGGCCCUUUCGAAUCACGCUUAGUGGCUGCCAGAGUUUGCUAUUUUUUUUUUUUAGUCACUAAUCUACUGCUGAUGCUCAACGAUCG